CUCAAGCUCCCGCUAUGAAUUGGUAUGAAACGCCUUCUUUUGUAACACUUGCAGCAGAGUGCACGGGUGAACACGCUCUUGGCAUGCAGAGUGGUCGCAUCACAAGGCAGCAACUAUCAGCUUCUUCGCAGUGGGACAAAUACCAUGCUCCUGACAAUGCCAGACUUAAUUUUAUCGCAGGAAGAGGCAAAAAAGGAUCAUGGUCGUCAAGAACUGAGGAUCUAAAUCAGUGGUUCCAGGUGGAUUUUCUUAGAAAUGUGAAACUUACGAAGUUUGCCACACAGGGAAGACAAGACGAGCGACAGUGGGUAACUAAAUUCAAGCUCAGAUACAGUGCUGGGGGUUCACGUCCUGCAUUCCAAACUUAUCAAGAAGUUAGUGGCGUCGAUAAGAUUUUCAAUGGUAAUACUGAUCACACCUCCGUUGUCACUCAUACCCUGGCAGCACCAAUCACAGCUCGAUAUGUAGAGAUAAAGCCAAUCGAAUGGUACGAGCAUAUCUCAAUGAGAACAGAGUUCUAUGGAUGCGUUCUUUCAGACCGCUAUCAAGUAAUUGGCCGAAAUGUGCACAUGGAGUUUGUAGAAGAACAUCUCAGAGCAAAGAAAGGAUUGUACUUAGACGACACGCAGGACAGCCCCAACAACAUUAACCUUGAAGUUCUUGCUGAUACUAUUUAUGUCAAGGAAAGAAGUAAGCUUGAUCUCAGAGCUCCCGCGCUGUCCCAAACUGACCCAACGUUAAGCGCUGGUGAAGAUGGAAACGACGGGAAGCAUGGAGUCGACGGGCCUACAGGAGCUUUGCGAUCGUUUAUUUUUUGUUAUGAUUGA